AUGGUGUUGUCUAUUGACGUGUCAUACUUUGUGGCUUGCUCUCGAAUUUUUCGUGGUCAGAGCCCGCCCGCGGCCACGAGCAGGCUCUUUGGGAGCAGAAUCAAUGCCGAGGAUGACAUUAUGCCCAAAGUGACCUCUGAGAGCGCGAGCGGGCGUGGUUUGAUCAAUUUGAUGCUGUUUUCAAAAAUUUCGUUCUCGCUGUUGUUGAUGUUUUUGCAACUUCACAGGUCUGUUAGAGAUAUGAAGGGGACUUCUGGAGUAUACUAA